GUCCCCUUAGAGAGCACGAAUGGGAAGGAGAGCGGACAAGAUUGCGAUUGCGAUAAAAUUAAAAGACACAUUCUAUAUAAGUCUGAUGGUAUCCAGAAUGUCUUUGAAUAAGACAAGAUCUCCAAGAGACAGGACCAGACUCAUCUGGUCAUCACUGCUGAGCUGACACCAAAUUUUGACUUAGCAUGUAUGCCAGAAUCUUGAGAGUAUACAAUCUUGUUUUGAAAUCAUAUUGUCAGAAUGGCUCUUAGUAAAACAGUUGACCCAUACGACAGAACCAGAUUCGCAAGAAUGAGCUUGGUCAUCAUUGAGGAAUUGACACCACUGUUGCAAGAUAUACUUCAAAAUGAAAUAUCACCAAAUCAAAUAUUUAAUCAAGUUAAACAACAGAAGGCACAACAACAGAAGUCACUUUACCAAAGGCUUACAGCGGAACAAACAACAUUGAUUCAGAAUGCUCAGACUGAUGGGUACAAAAAGUUCGACAUUACUCUUUUGUACACACUAUUGCGCAAUCUCAAAUGUGUAAAAGUCACAGCCCCAACACAAGGAUGGGGAACAUCACAAAUGCCAGGAAAUGGGGAGACAACUCUUGGUGAUGACAUUGAGAGAAUUCGUCUCAUAAGAAACACAGUAUAUGGACAUGUUCCUGUGGCAGAAUUGUCAGAGACAGAGUUCAAGGAACACUGGUCCAAUAUUUUAGACAUUUGCAAAAGAAUGCAGACCUUGCUUGGCAAGAACUAUGUCCAAAGGCUGAAGGAGGCUGAAGUACGUUCUAUUGACAUGGAGAUGGAAAGCACAUACCUUGAGAAAAUAAAAAAUCUCUGCACUGCUGAGAAAAGUAUGAGAGAACGUAUAGAAGAGUUAUUUCAAGACAGAGAUCACUGUGUAGAGGAAACUGUGAGGAUUGAAGCCAGGAAUCCACAAAAGAGGAAGUUUGCUGAAACAUUAACUGACACGAGCAUUUCCAUUCUGAACUGCAUGAUAAAUAGCAUCACAGAAAAAACAUCGGACUCACAAAUAGAAUUACUGUAUGAAUCAGUAGAGGAAUUCAUACGCAAUAACGAGGAAGAGAGAUCAACAUUGGCGUCUAACCCAUUUUUUGAAGAAUUGCAUCAGAAAAUAACAAGAUAUGCGAAUUUGAAAGAAAAUGCAAUGGAAAUUUUAGCAAAAUUUCUCUACUUUACUAUGAGAUUAAAGAAAAAGUAUGGUGCUGAAUUUGAGGUUUCACAGGGCAGCUUACUACUGAAGUUAACCUUUUCCUCAGAGAGAGGUUAUGACCUCUACAUGCAGGAUUUGGAGAGAGGAGAGAUUGGGAAACUAAUCCUAUCUGUAUUGCUCUACCCUCCGUUUCUGGCCAGCUUUAAUCUACAUGCUGAGGAUUUGAUGAUUUAUCUGAACGAUAAGGAACUUACAACAGAUAUUAAAGAAGAGCAUCAACCCAGUAUUUUACCCUUUCAUGAACAAAGUCAUGAAAAAGAAAUAUGUGGACAACAUCCAGGCCACCAUUACAGCCUUGCCUGCCAGCAGUGUCAACUACCUGUUUGUAUACAGUGCAAAAACAGCUCUUAUCACAAGGAUCACAGCUUUAUAAACAUCAAAGAAAUGUCUCAUGCAAAGCUUCAAGAACUCAAUAAAUAUAUACGAAAUGGGCUUACCAGAAAAAGCUAUGUUGAGGCCAAAAAGGAUAAGGUAGUAUUGGACAUUAAUGGAAUUCGUUCCAGAAUGAUUUCAAAAUCCCAAGAUCUUCACAAACUCGUUAACACUGUCUUACAAAAAAAUAUUGCAAAGCUUGAGGAAUUUGAAAAUUUCAUGCAUGAACAUAGAAGAGAGGAAUGCAAGGACCUUGAUGACUAUAUAUCCAACAUGUUGAAUAGAUCAGAUGAAAUGGUAGAAUCACCAGCACAGGCACUGAUUGAAUGGCUAAGCAACCCUUUGGAAAAGUUUCCUUUGGAAAAAGCGGAAUUUGAACUUCCCAAUUUCCAUGAAAGAAAAAACAGUAUAAAUGAUGUAUAUGACCUGUUUGGAAAGUUGGAGUUUGACCUGGAGUUUAAAAAAAAACAAAGAGAAGGGGCAUCUGGGAUCAGUUCAUUCACUGACACAGAAUCCCUGUGUAUUGUGCAAUUCAAUGCUUCUUUUGCAACCUCAUUCAGUAUGCCAAGGUCGGUAAGGGUUAGUCAUGUGUUCCCAGUGUCACCAGAAAGAGCCUGGGUCAGUGAUUUCAAUGGCAAUCUUUACCUCAUGGAUACCAACGGCGAUGUACAUCAUCAGAGAAAAGGUCUUGCCAAUGGUUUGGGAAGUCAUACAGUGACAAAAGACGGUGAUUUCAUUUACAUUGAUGAAGACAAAACAGUCAAGAAAGUAUCAAAAGAUUUUACCAUGGAAACCUUGGACAUUUCAUUUCAUGUGCCAUGGAUCCCAUGUUGUGUGUAUUCUUCUCAUCAAAGUGGAGAUCUGCUGAUUGGUAUGUGGAGUAGAAAUCCCCUGGGUCAGAUAGCCAUGUUGAAGCGAUACAACCAGUAUGGAGAGAAAACGUUCCAGGUCAAAUGGACAUACAUGUACAAAGAAAACCAAGACCUGUAUGAAUAUCCUCAGUAUAUCACAGAAAAUAGCAAUGGGGAUGUCAUUGUUUCUGACUCUUCGAAAGAUGCUUUGGUAAUUACAGACCACAGCGGAAACUUUCGUUUUAACUACACAGGUCAAUCUGAACCGGGAUUUGAACCAAAUGCAAUUAGCACAGACAGUCUGUGUCGUAUUUUAGUCAUUGACCUAUUCGCUAACAAAGUGCACAUCAUUGAUCAGGAUGGUCAUUUCCUGGGAUUUCUUGCCAUAGAGAAAGAGGAUUUAUACACCUUCUCAGGUUUGAGUUUGGAUAAAAAAAACAGUCUGCUGUGGCUUGGAUCACAAUCAAGUGACACAGUGCUAGUUUACAAAAUGCAGUCUAUUGCAGGUUAACUGAGAUUGAAAUUCAUUAUCAAAAAAUCAAUGUUUGCAGAAUUCGAUGAUAAGGUGAGAACCAAGUAAGUUGUUACAGCUUGUGUUCAAACAAACUUGGUACUGUUAUGUAAUUAGUACAAUUAAGUAUAUACAUGUACUAUGAAUCAGUGGGAUGACAUAAGUUUUAAAAUGUGGCUCAAGUAGUCUUUUAUGGCAAGGAUUGUUUUUGAUUGUCUGAAUUUUUUGUAGAAUUGCUAUUCCUUAGCAGAUUCACUCAGGUCAAGGUCAUGAGCCCAAAUCAGAACAUUUAGUGUAUUGCAUGAGAAAUGAGGUUUUGAUAAGACACGUACUACUCCAUAUAUUCCCAGGCAGUCAGAUGCUUUAGUUGAGAGGAUGAAUAGGACAAUGCUGUUUUCUUAUGCAAACCAGAAUAUGAAUAAUUGGGAUGCUAAUCUUCCUUAUGUCCUCACAGCAUGUAGAUCGACCAUGCAAGAAAGAACAGAUUGCUCUCCCAAAUUAAGCAUGCUAGGAUGUGAUAUUUUGAGCCAAGUAGAUCUUAUCAUAGGAUAUCCUCCUUUUCUUACUUUUAUAUGUCCUGAAGAAUAUGUAGAGACAGUUUUGGCUGACAUUUACAAUAACCUUAGACAGGCAGCAAUGAACAAAAGAAUUAUGGUUGGUGAAUAAAGCCAAGAGAAUUUUAAGAACAAAUAACUUUGUCUGAAGAUGCUAUCUACCCACUACAGGAUUAAAGUUAGGUUUAGGCUGGACAGGACCCUACAAAGUGAUCAAAAAGGUCACUGAUUUCAGUUUUCAAAUUCCAAAAGAUUCCAAAGGCCCCUUUAAAGUGGUUCACGUUGACAAACUUAAGCCUUAUGAAGGUACCCCUCAACGUAGAAAUUGGACAUCUGUGGGUAUUCUUCUUGACGAGUCGUUAGAACUCCCUACAUGUAUGACUCCACAAAUGCCCAACACUUCUGAUGCAGUGAAAGAUUCCGCUUUAACAGCUUUUAAUUUACCUAGCCCUGAACCUAUAAAUUAAUCAAGAUGAGGUAAAAAAAAAAAAAAUUAAACCUCUUGCUGUCAUUUUUUUUUAGUUUGCCUGAGCGGAAGGAUCAAGUGAGCUUUUCAGAUCAAAACUUUCCAUUGUCCGUCAUUGGUAUUGUAAACUUUUCACAUUUUCAUCUUUUUCUCCAGAACCACUGUGACAGUUUCAACCAAACUUGACACAAAGCAUCCUUGGACAAAAGGGAUUCACAUUUGUUCAAAGGAAGGGCGAUGCCCCAUACAAAGGGUAAAUAAUCACAAAAAUAGGGUGUGGUAAUUUAGAAAUCUCAUUAAGAACCAAUGGACCAGAAAAGCUGAAAGGACCAGAGCCACAAACCCCAUAUUAUGGCCCUUAAAAUAUAUAAAAAUGAAAGUAAGUGUUGAAUAGGAGUAUUGGUGUUAUAAAUAUGUAUCAGAAUCCGGGGCUUAAAAAAACAUGUUAGAUUUUAAAAAUAGGAGCACAACUAAAGCUGUAUACAUACUAGAACCGGAUAUGGUACCGUAUUUCUGUCAUUUUCCACCAAAAACUGGUUAUUUUGUAAAGGUUUUGUCAUACUGGUUUCAUCUCGCCCAAAAUAUUUAAAGUAUUUUAUAAUAUACACCUUUUCAAUUGACCAUAAAUGCAAAAAUAUUUUAGGGCGAGCUAUGAGCACUAUUUUUAUUUUAAAAAAAAACACGAUAUUCUGGAUUGCUGAAAAAUAUUACGGUUAUAAUGCGCUAGUGGUGGUAAACUUGAAUUUUACAGAAAAUAUGGCUGGUUUAAGUAUCUUAUGGAGAAGGAAACUACGUUUUUUAUUUCGUGUCAUGUAUAUGUACAUAGGUCAUUUUAGUUCGGUGUUUAUUUUUAAAGCAAGGGAAAUUCCCUCACCUAAUAAUAGUUUUCGGUUGCAGCUUGUUUUGCCCUUUUACUAUAGAUGUUCAUUUUCAAUACCUAGUUGUUUUCAUCUUUUAAAGUCGUUCACAAUACAUCUUCAUUGCAUCGUUGCUUAAAAACUGUGUACAAUUUUGGUAGUUUUACAUUAUUAUCAUAAACAUUAUCAUUGAACGAAACGACAGUUACCGAAACUGUUAGGCCUAGUGACUGAAAUGAACAUGGCGCGGCGUCUUCUUUCACUUUGGGAUAUCGGAAAAUAUUCAGGCUUCACGCAAGUAUUCUUGUAUGGUACUGAUAUC